AUGGGAUUGUGGCUCGUUUACUUUAUACUAGUUAUCAUUAUAUCAUUGGAAUAUAGAAAAGACAGAAUAUUUUCGGUUAGCGUAUCAUACUUAAACGCAGUAAGUGGUCAAGAAACCCAUGGGACAGUUUUAUUCGAUAAAAGCAUUUUGAAUAAUCAUUGCUGGACUAAUGAGGAGUACGUAAUACUCAGUAGUCGUAAAAUGUUUCAGGAUCUAUUACCUAAGAUCGAAAAGGCAAAUAUUUGGAGCGAUCAGUAUAUAGUCGAUCUUUACAAGUAUUUUUACAUUUGCUUCGAGUACGUGUGUAAGUUGUCGACAGGCACGACGAGACAUUUAUUGUUGAAGGCACUCGCGGACGUCAUCGGAGGUUACUUAUACUCGCACUUGCUGCCAGUUACCAAGUUAUCCUUCUACGCCGGAAAUGUUAAAUAUUGUAACGUUAAGAAAAUAAUUGCCCUUUACAUGGAGCUAAAGGCCUUCUUGAAUACGAACGGCGAGGGCUGGAGAAAACCGAGAAGAACGGAUAUGGAAAUGGAAAUGGAGCAUUUUAUUAAUACUACGUCAAUCGUACUCAAGAAUUCGAAUGAUACUACGGCUUGUAAUAACUUGAUAGUUAACUCGAACGGUAGGUGCUUGAAACCUAAUAUUUCUCUUGAGCAUAGUGUCAAUGGCUCCAAACGACAACCUUUAAGCGUAUUUCUACCUUAUUUGGAUAAUAUUUUAAGGCCGAAUAGCAUAGCUUUACCAUUUAAAGAUCAGAAUUUGUGGUCUUUGCACGAAGAGGAGUCCAUUUCAAUAUUGUCCACAUAUUAUGAAACAUGCGUGAAUUGUAUUUUGACCGUGAGCAAUUACAAAUGCCUUCUCGCUCAUUUCAACAAAGAAUUUUAUAAUUGGUUACUGCAAUUCGUUUAUCCACGUUUAAACGAUGAUAAAUUCUAUCCGGCCUUUGGCAGUAUAUUGCGAAUGAUAGCGUACCUGAGGAAAGCAGUUGCAACAACAGAGCCAAGCUUCCUUAGUCCAAUAGAACUAAUUAUUAUUGCUAUUUCUAGUGCAAUACUCGCAUGGAUGUUGGUUGGAUUGAUACUCGUUUGUUAUAGAUGCCAUCAUAAACAUUCCGAUGAAUGUUCUACUUGCGAUUCUGCAAGUUCAGACACGGCAAUGAUUUUCAAAAAUGCUAAUUUCUGUAACCCAGAGUCGAGUCCAUCAACGGCGUCUCGGACAAGUGUUGGCAACAAAAUAACAAAUUGGUGGAGGCACAGUUGCAAAAUUUAUCCCAACAAAUAUAAUAAGAUUAUUGAAAAGGAUCAAUAUUUAGCUUCUAUGAGUUAUGAUAGUCAAAAGUUAAUAUGCUCACAUCAUAAUGUAAGACUUCCUAAUAAACGUCAAAAAAGAAAAGCCAAAUCUGUAUCUAUUUCCGUUUCACCUAUCAGUUCUUCAUGUAGAAGCAACCCGAACAAAGUAAUAAUUAAUAAAUUAAUUUUGCUCUAA